GAAAGAAUUUUAAAUAAGAAAACAUCUGAUUUCUCAUCUGAAUGGUGUAACUUUGCCAAACGAUACCUUGGCUGUGGAAUCACUGAAUCUUUUUACGAAGUAUGUCCAAAAACUGCAGAGGCUUUGCAAAACUACUUUGAGAUACUGAUUAAUCCGAAUAAUAGCAACUGUUAUUUGCGGCAACCAACGGCUAACCAUAAUGAAAUUGUUUUUGGUCGGUUAAUUCGGCAACUAACAGCUGAUCUGAAUGAAACCGUUCCUGAUUGGUCAGAUCGACAACCAACAGCUGAUCUGAAUGAAACCGUUCCUGAUUGGUCAGAUCGACAACCAACAGCUGAUCUGAAUGAAACCGUUCCUGAUUGGUCAGAUCGACAACCAACAGCUGAUCUGAAUGAAACCGUUCCUGAUUGGUCAGAUCGACAACCAACAGCUGAUCUGAAUGAAACCGUUCCUGAUUGCUCAGAUCGACAACCAACAGCUGAUCUGAAUGAAACCGUUCCUGAUUGCUCAGAUCGACAACCAACAGCUGAUCUGAAUGAAACCGUUCCUGAUUGGUCAGAUCGACAACCAACAGCUGAUCUGAAUGAAACCGUUCCUGAUUGGUCAGAUCGACAACCAACAGCUGGUCUGAAUGAAACCGUUCCUGAUUGGUCAGAUCGACAACCAAAAGCUAAUCUGAAUGAAACCGUUCCUGAUUGGUCAGAUCGACAACCAACAGCUGAUCUCGAAUGA